UCCUUGGGUUUCGCCUUCUCCUGCGUUGUCUUCAAGCAUUCGAAUUUGAUUGGGAUUUUUUUCUUCUGAAGCAGAAGCCCAGAGUAGCAGAUAACGAUGGCCAUUCCGGAGAAGGACCCAAGAGAGGAAGUGAUACAGGCAUGGUAUAUGGAUGAUAGCAAUGAAGACCAGAGGCUUCCUCAUCACCUAGAACCGAAGCAGUUUCUAUCCCUGAAACAACUUGAUGAACUUGGAGUUCUGAGCUGGAGACUAGAUGCAGACAUAUAUGAAACAGAUGAGGAAUUGAAGAAGAUACGUCAUGAUCGUAAUUACUCCUACAUGGACUUUUGUGAGGUUUGUCCAGAAAAGCUUCCAAACUAUGAAGAGAAGAUUAAAAGCUUUUAUGAGGAACACCUUCACACUGAUGAGGAGAUCCGUUAUUGUGUGGCUGGGAGUGGUUAUUUUGAUGUUAGGGAUUUGAAUGACAAAUGGAUUCGCAUUUGGGUAAAGAAGGGAGCAAUGAUUGUCUUGCCUGCUGGAAUUUAUCAUCGCUUUACACUGGAUUCUGACAAUUACAUCAAGGCUAUGCGUCUCUUUGUUGGUGAUCCUGUCUGGACUCCUCACAACCGUCCCAAUGAUCAUCUUCCUGCAAGGCAGGAGUAUCUCAAAACAUUUGUGGAGAAGGAAGUCGGUAACCAAGCGGUUAAUGCUGCAGCUUGAAGUCUGCUCAAGCGUCUGGAGUUUGAAAAUCGAGUCUCAGCUGUUGAAAUCUGUUACUAUUUGUAUGGUCUGGUAUGCAUGCCCUUUCUUGGGUAUGUCUGUGGCUUUGUCGUGCUUUGCUAGUCAAUGCCUACCUUAUGUGCGGCUUAUGCAAACUUAAAAGAAGUUAUACUCGGUGUCUUUCAUGUGCUGUUUCUGAAAUAUAUGUAAUCUUAGCUCGUGGUAUAGAUGGAAUAAACACUGAACUUAUCAGCAGUCAUUGUGCAUUAAUUUGUCGACUGUUUGGUAAUGGUGGAUGUCAUGUUCCUAAAUUUCUGACCAAUUUUCAUUUGGGUGAAAUAAAUAGUCAAGUGUUUAGUAUCUA